AUGGAUUUAAAUUACCCAAAUCGGCCACCACCUCCCAUACCACGCGUCGCUGAAAAAAUGGCUUUAAUGAAACCCAGAUGUGUCGAUGAAGGCUACACCUCUCUCGCUUCCAUGAGAGUUUCCCAAGUCAAACCCAGCACACACACCCUUCUAAACCAAUCGUCGCUCGAGACUGUCAUUGCUACCUCGCCUCCCCACGAUGAAGCGAAUAUCAAGACUCGUUGCAGUAGUAGCACCGUUAGCAAAACCAUCGACGACCUUUAUCAAUCCAACUACAAUGACGACAAUGUGGUUUCUCCCGACCUGCAAAAGAGACGGACUGUCUACAUUGAUUCCCAAAAUGCCACCUUUGUCGAAAAUCGUGGUGGCCUUUCGGAUGCCAUCGCUGCUGAAGAACGCAUCGAAAACGAUUUAUCACUAUAUCGGGAGGCGUCUGCGGGCUCCUUGGGCUCGGAAUCUGACUUGUCCGAGUCUCGUCUGCCACCAUCCAUGUCUCUGCCCGAUACUCCAACUGUCACGCAUUUGUCACGAUGGCCCCCAGUUCAAAACCUGGCUUCUGUCGCUGCUGACUCAAAUACAAAUUCGGAGGAAGACUUGUCUUCAAUGAUACAGGACGUGGAUGACAUGGUCAUAUCCACAUUGUCUCAAGAUUCUUCAGCUAAAACUACAGUCGUCACAGCAGAGCCAACAUCUGCUCCCAAAGCUCCCAGAAAGGCGUUGGGUUGGUCUGCUCGCUUGUCGAGUCUCGCUGCUCCUCUGCAUUUAGUCAACUCGUUACGUCAACAGCUACAAGGCUAUAGUCAUCACCAACAACCACAAGCUCCUACUUCUGCAGGUACACCAGCUACAUCUGCUCACCAACAACAAGUACAACCAGUAUCAUCAUCUUUCUCCUCUCUUCCUCCUCCUCCACCAUACACAAGUUCCACUAGUAUCAGCAAUCUUUUACCACCGCAAACAGUCAAAGAAUCAACCACCAGCAACAGUAAAGCAGUAACUGCACAAACACCUGCAACCGCCGCCACCACCACACAAUUCCGGUCAUCGCCGCUAUUAAGGAGGUUUAUCCAUGGAAAUAAGGUUGUCCCAUCAAUCGCAGACAAAUUUCGUCAACACGAUGAAGAUUCCAAAAUUAUUGCCUCAGCAGAGAUAUCUCAUGAUGAAAAGGAAAAGGCUCCUUCAAUAGAUCAAGAUGAUGACGCAGAUGACGAUUAUGGAACCCCCAAAUCUCGAAAUGCUAAACGAUUCAAGUGCCCUGCUUUUGAUUUGAAGUACAAGACACUGAAGAAACUCGGUUCAGGAGGCCACUCAACAGUCCGUCUAGCCCAAACAAUCGCCGACCCAUCAAAACGUGUCGUCUGUAAAUUCAUUCGCUCAUCUUCAGUAUGGCAUUGGCAUCGCCCAUCACCAGCACGCCCCAAAGUGCCACUCGAAAUACAUCUCAUGAGACAACUCGCAAUCCAACAGCCUCCUCAUCCAGCUAUAGUCAAGUAUAUUGAGCAUUUCGAGUACAAUACCCGGUACAUAAUCGUGAUGGAAUACUUGGGUGAAGAUUGGGUUGAUUUGUAUGAUUACGUUGAAGUGCAUGGACCUGUUAGAGAAGAUCAUUCUCGUGAGAUUUUCACUCAAAUUGUGGAUGCUAUCGAGUUUUUACAUAAGCUUGGAUAUUCGCAUAAUGAUGUCAAAGAUGAGAACAUCAUGAUAAACACCAAAACACGAGAAGUCAAAAUCAUUGACUUUGGAUCAGCAACACCUUUAAUACCCGGCCAAACCGCGUCCCUAUUCUUUGGAACCAAAAAGUUCGCAGCUCCAGAAGCCGUCCAAGGACUCCCUUACUACCCUGAAGCCCAAGAAGUAUGGGCACUAGGUGCACUCCUCUACGUGCUUCUCUUCAAAAUGGAUCCAUUCCGCGGUGAUCGAGAAAUAGUAGAGCUAGACAUUUCUCGACGAAUUGAAAGACUACGACAAAUGGGUAAACGGGAUGGUGGUGCUGAUAUUUCGGAUGCUGCUGCAACAGCCUGUCGAGUCAUGCUGGAAAAGGACUGGUCUAGACGUAUACGAGUUAAAGAUAUCAAAAAGUUGGCCUUUUUCAGACCGAGUUCCCGUAAGCAUGUUCCUAAAUUGUCUAGUUUCGCUGAAGGAGAAGAUGAUGAAGAGGAAGAAUGGGUGUAA